AAAACAAAUGGGCAAAAACACCCGCAUGUAGCUCGCUGGCCGUAGUUUGAGGAUGUGUGUACUAGAUAAAUAGUGCUAAGCUGCCAGGAUUGUAUUUUCUAAUAUGGUAUCAGUGUAAAUACUUAUGUAUAUAUGGUUUAUUAUAUAACUUUUCAUGAACAUUUAGCUUAGGUUUUUUGUUUGCUUCUUUUCACAUUCAGAAGUUUUGUGCUUACUCCUUUUCACAUUCAGAAGUUUUAUGAUUAAAGUAUACAUUAAAAACUUGAACAAAAUUAAUUUGUUGCCAAGGCUAAUUAUUUUUAUACAAACUGAAUGUCCUGCUCCUCAGAGAGCCUUUUUAUAAAGUAUGUUGAAUCUGAAAGAAAAACAAAUUGUAAUAAAAUGCUGCACUUGUAUUUCUGUGGUGCUAUAUCCACAGAAGAGGGAGCAUUUCUUCUAAUGUUGUUGGUUUUAGAUUAUAUACGUCUCUUGGCUUUUUGGAUCCUUAGAAUGUCCUGACAUUCUAAGAUUAAAUUUUAGAUACUACAGGCAUUUAACUUCUAAAAGUAGCAAAGAUGACCUUACUUACCUCUUUUUCUUUUACUACUGAGUGCAUUAUUUCAGGCUUUACCCUCUCCAGAGAAUGCAGUUACUCCUUCCAUCUGCAAUUGUCUUUCAUCUGUACGUCUGUGAUAUAACUAUUAUCAUGUAUAAAACUGAGUAUCAGUACUGCAAUUUUUGCCUUAUACAUCUUUGUCGAACCUUAGAUUGAAGUAGGCAGAUUCAAUUUCUGAAGACAAUAAUCUAGGAAUUCUGUUUACUCUCAUUUUAACUAAAAUUUCACCAGUUAAAUAAAAUCCUUGCUUUGUAACAGAUUUAAAUGUAGCAUUAGAAUUUUCUGAACAUUGUAAAAGUAAAUUCCUUAAGUUAUUCUCAUAGCAAAUUAUUUUAGCCAUUUUUACUGUUCACUAUUUCCUGAAGAACACAAAUGAACCCACAUAUAACAAUAUGAAAUGUUGCACAUUCUGAUGGGGAAAUAGAGUGGCAGGAUGCAGUCAGAGGUUGAGAAGUAUGGACGUUUGAAAAAGAAGCAGAAAUUUGGGGAGAGAGCUGACCACAGAAACAAAGCAGGGUUGGAUGGCUUUUUUAGAGGCCCACUUAAGGCCCACAGGUCAAUAAUUUAUACUGUCAGCCAUCUCUUUCCGGCAGCAGUCAUGAUGAUUUUUAUUAAAAUGAAAACUCCAAUUGCAUGGGUGGUAUUUUCUUGAAGCCUACUAAUAUGAUAAAGAGCAAACUGUUAAUUAAACAUCAACAAUAUGGUUAAAAGCAAAGGCUCCAGGGUCCGACAAACCUGCCACACUUAUAAAAUUAUUUGCUAUUUUAAAAUUUGACAGUAAUAAGACUUGGAUUUCAAUAAGAUUUGAGUUAGAGUGAAAUGGGUUGAUAUAGCUCUAGUUUCUUUAUACCUCUGGUGUCACUGCUUUGCAUCACUGUGCAAACUGCUAUUCAGAGGUGAAAUGAGAGAGGAAAAAGACAAACAUUUAAACAGAAACGAUUAUGCAUUUAAUAGGUCCCCUGCUUUCCCUACUACCCCAAUCCUUGUGAAGCUGCCCCAGGAGCCCAGAGAGUUUUCACUUUUCGCUUUGUUUUGUUCACAGCUCUGUCCAGAAGUUGUGACACAGAAGUCAGGGCAUGAUUCUGAUUCUUACCUGGGCUGUUUAGCUCUACACUCUUAAUGGUCAGUUACACUUGAAUGCUUCAGCCAGGUAACUUUCAGUAUUCUCUCUCAUCUCAAAAUAUUGGUAAAAGUUUGGCCUAGAACAUUGGUGUCAAAAGGGGUAGACCUCAGAGGUUGUUUAGUUCUAAGCUCCUUAAAUGGAGCUGUGUACACUGAGAGAUAUUCUAAGCCUUACAUUAAAUGUGGUACAUUAACCCUUGAACUUGAUAGAGGUAAACUUUGGCCAGUUAUUUUUUUCUUCAUAUUACGAAGUAGACUUACCAGAGUAUAAUGCAAAAUGUGUGAAUUUUAAAGAUAAAUAGGUCUUCAAAGAAGUUUUUCUUUGGGAGAGUCACUUUAAGCUUGGCCUCUGACCUCAAGAGGCUCUUCCUGUCUUUUCUCCUCUGUUCCUGGAAAUAUCUGUUUGCAUUCAGUUAUUCAUAGUUCAGUGGAAUAGUCAUUAGCUAUCCUAUUUAGAGUUUGGGGGUUGUGUGAGGAUAUUCUGAGACACUGGAAGCGAGUAAACUGUAUAGCCGUUAUCCAAUAAGCAGUUAAACUACAGAUUGUUGAAAAACCUGAGAGUGAUAGCAAGAGGAGUUUUCUCUUGGUUUUGAAUAAAACCUAUCAGUCCUUUUGGGGUUGUUUUCACAGUUUAAACAGUGAAUUUGAAAUAAUUCUAGAUAGGGGAAGAAACACUUCAUAUGCUUUAGAGUAGAUGAUAAGAGAACCAUUUGACUCUAAAUUAAAACAGAUUUGUUUUGGUCCUUUCACAUAUAGGUCCCUUUGCCAUGAGUAGCCUUUAACAUGCAAAAAUGCAUUUAAGUCUUUCACUAUAGAAUAAUAAUGGUGGAUAUUAUGAAAUUCUUUGUAAUUGAGGCUUUGUAAUUGAGGCUAUGAAAAUAUAAAAAUAUUUUCAUCAUGAUUUUUUACUAAUCAAAGCUUAGUUUUCUCACAUCUUUAUUGGUAAUCCAGGAGGAAGGGGUUGCAUUUCCACAGUACAGGCACUGUGGGAGAGUACAAUUGUUUUCAUGUUUGAUGGCAAAAUGAGGACAUAGCUUUUGGUGUAAAGGUAUUUCUGUUUAACCAAUUUAGCACAACUUCAAAUAAGCAAAUUUCAGGUUAGGAAGUUUUAAAUAAAUACUUAUACUUUCUUUAAAAAUCCUUUAUACCUAGUCUGAUAUAUUUAAGGGAUUAGUAUUAGAAAAACAGAUACAAAUAUAUAUUUUACUUAGCAUCAAGCAUCAGUUGUGGAAUCUGAACAAGAUUCUGGUCUCCUGACUAGCAUUUUAGUUUUGUUUCCUUAGACUAUUUCUUGAAGGAUUUAGGUCUUGGGUAAAAAGCUUCCAACUUCUAACCACUUUUUUUAUUUAUUUAAGAUCAUUGAAGAUGCUAUGCAAAAGUAGUUUUUCUCAGUAUUCUGCUGUUUAUUUUUAUUUUAGCCUGUAGAGAAAAAAUAUGACAUUACAGUAGCAUUUUCCUUUGAAAAUUAUAGGGAUGUUAAGCACUGUUGGUUGUGAUUUUGACAUUUAUUGACCAAGACUGAAAAGUGCCACCCUGCAGGUGGUGAGCUGGAACCAGAAAGUUGGGUGCCAGCCUUGGGGGGUCAGAGUAAUUCACAAGUUGCCAUAGGGAGAAACUGUAGGUGCGUGCCUGGUGUCCACAUAGGUGAGCUCACCUCUUAAUGGCUCCAUGGUGCGUGCUCCCUUGCAGCCAGGACGUUCUGUGAGUCAUCGAUCAAAACAGUGAAAUGAAACCAAGGCUAGCAGGAAACCAAGUGGCUGGCCUGGGGGCUGCUUGUUGUGUAAGAGGCAAUUGAGGCAAAUGUUGCUGCACAGAGUACUGCCCAGUGACCUCUGCCCUGCUAGAAUCUGCACUGCGCUUCACUUGUUAGGCCUUUCCUCCUGUUGUCAGCCUCAGUCUUUCUUCCCCUAGUACAUUCUGUCUUGGGCUCUGUUGCUGGUGAUUAUUUGUAAUGAGCAGUACAAUCCUAGAUGAUAGUUUGAAUAAAAUAGUAUAUUUUAAUUCAGAAAUCUAAUAUAUUUUGUCCGUGUAUAUUAAGUAUGUUUUAUGUUUUUAGCAAAAUUCAGCUAAAGUUACUUUAUUUGACUUACUGAGAGCUGGCAAGGAAAUACCAGGAAUGUUUUAAGUUUUACAGUGUUGCAUUAUCAUACUCUAGAAAUCAAAUUUUGCUUGUUAUUUACAGUGCUGAGCAGAGUAUCUUCCAGAAUUCUGAAAACAUACUGGGUCAUGCCAGUAUGACAAAGUAAUAAUGUUUAGUAGUUGGGCUCUGUAAAGCUUACAUGAAUUGGCUGACUUUGGGAAGCUCACAAAUGCUCAGAAAUGUAUGUAAAUUAUUUCCCUCACGUGGUUUGUUUAUAUAAGGUUGCUUCUCCAUGUGUAUAGCUGUUUCUAUUUGUAAAAGUGAGGAUGUGAUUGCUUUAGAGAAUUAUUAACUCAAUCCCUGUCCUGUGUGAUGGAAGCCUCAGUGGCUGUCAUGUGAUUGGGCGAGUCUUGGUACCUAUCAGUGUAAACACAUGGCACACUCUGUCCCAUGCCCCUGCUUAUCUCCUUUGGAGAGGGGUUGAGGCAUUUUGAGCAAAUCUCAUUGGUAAAGUCGUAUACGUGUUGCUCUUUAUUAAAGAGCUAUUUCCUUUCAGUUUUAACCAUAUCGCUGUGUCUGCAAACAGUUUGCACUCAGUUUGUCAGGAGAGCAACUUUCUGUUUUGAUGAUACCUUCAUCUUCGAAAAAAGACAUGUUUGAUAAGCUAGUUCAAUGUUAAGAUGUUUUACCUAGAAGAAAGUAGUGAAGAUGAAGAGAAGGUUCCUGAAGGCUCAUUAAGUAAAACUCAAGAUGUUUACCAUGACAAGGCCUCUCCUGGUAUCCUGUCUCAAACCAUGAAUUAUGUGGGACAGCUGGCUGGGCAGGUGAUUGUCACCGUGAAGGAACUCUAUAAGGGCAUUAACCAGGCCACCCUCUCUGGGUGCAUUGAUGUCAUUGUGGUGCAGCAGCAAGAUGGCACCUAUCAGUGUUCACCUUUCCACGUUCGGUUCGGGAAGCUGGGAGUCCUGAGAUCCAAAGAGAAAGUGAUUGAUAUAGAAAUCAAUGGCAAUGCAGUGGAUCUUCAUAUGAAAUUAGGUGACAACGGAGAAGCUUUCUUUGUGGAGGAGACCGAAGAGGAAUAUGAAAAGCUUCCUGCUUACCUUGCCACCUCACCAAUUCCAACUGAAGAUCAGUUCUUUAAAGAUAUUGACAUCCCUUUGAUGAAAUCGGGUGGAGGUGAAAGACCAUCUCAGAGUUCAGACAUCUCACAUAUCUUGGAAACAGAGACAGUUUUCACUCCAAGUUCUGUGAAAAAGAAAAAACGAAGGAGAAAGAAAUGCAAACAGGACAGUAAGAAGGAAGAGCAGGCUGCUUCUCCUGCUACAGAAGACACCUGUGAUGUGGGUGUGAGCUCUGAUGAUGAGAAGGGUGCCCACUCGGCAAGAGGAUCUUCAAAUGCUUCCUUAAAGGAAGAAGAAUAUAAGGAGCCUUUGCUCUUUCAUUCCGGAGAUCACUACCCCUUAUCUGAUGGAGAUUGGUCUCCUUUAGAAAACACCUAUUCCCAGGCAGCAUGUCCUAAGAGUGAUUCAGAGCUGGAGGUUAAACCCACCGAGAGCCUGCUCAGAUCGGAGUCUCACAUGGAGUGGACGUGGGGCGGGUUCCCAGAGUCCACCAAGGUCAGCAAAAGAGAGCGAUCUGACCAUCAUCCUAGGACUGCUACCAUUACACCAUCAGAAAAUACCCAUUUUCGGGUAAUUCCCAGUGAGGACAACCUCAUAAGUGAAGUUGAAAAGGAUGCUUCCAUUGAAGACACUGUCUGUACUAUUGUGAAACCCAAACCCAGAGCCCUGUGUAAGCAGACGAGUGAUGCUACUUCUGCUGCAGAACUCCUCCAGCCUCCUCUUGAGAAUCCUCAAAUUUCAUCUAUGUUAGAUGCGGACCACGUUCCCAGCCCUCCCUCCAUGGAGGCUGCCUCAGAAUCCAAACCAGCAGCCAAAGUAGACUCGCCAUCAAAGAAGAAAGGUAUUCACAAGAGAAGCCAGCACCAAGGACCUGAUGAUAUUUACCUUGACGACCUAAAGGCUUUAGAACCUGAAGUUGCAGCUCUUUAUUUCCCUAAAAGUGAAUCGGACCCCAGCUCCAGGCAGUGGCCCGAGUCCGACACACUCUCUGGCUCCCAGUCCCCACAGUCUGUGGGAAGUGCAGCUGCUGAUAGCGGCACCGAGUGCCUCUCAGAUUCUGCUAUGGACUUGCCUGACGUCACCCUCUCCCUGUGUGGAGGCCUCAGUGAGAAUGGAGAAAUUUCUAAAGAAAAAUUCAUGGAGCAUAUCAUUACUUACCACGAAUUUGCAGAAAACCCUGGACUCAUAGACAAUCCCAACCUUGUAAUACGGAUAUAUAAUCGUUACUAUAACUGGGCUUUGGCUGCUCCCAUGGUCCUCAGCUUGCAGGUAUUCCAGAAGAGUUUGCCUAAGGCCACAGUCGAAUCCUGGGUUAAAGACAAGAUGCCAAAGAAAUCUGGUCGCUGGUGGUUUUGGCGUAAGAGAGAAAGCAUGACCAAACAGCUGCCAGAAUCCAAGGAGGGAAAAUCUGAGGUGCCACCAACCCGUGACCUGCCGUCAAGCACAAAGGAGCCAGCAAGUGCCAGGCCAGCUGAGGAUGACUCCUCGAGUGAUGAGGGGUCACAGGAGCUUGAAGAAUCGAUCAAAGUGGACCCCGUCCCUACGGAGCCCCUGAGCCACGGCAGCACAACUUCCUACAAGAAGUCCCUCCGACUCUCCUCGGACCAGAUUGCAAAACUGAAGCUCCAUGAUGGCCCAAAUGAUAUUGUGUUUAGUAUUACAACCCAGUAUCAAGGUACCUGCCGCUGUGCAGGGACCAUUUACCUGUGGAACUGGAAUGACAAGAUCAUCAUUUCCGAUAUCGAUGGAACAAUAACCAAGUCUGAUGCUUUGGGACAGAUUCUCCCUCAACUGGGUAAAGACUGGACUCAUCAGGGUAUAGCAAAGCUCUACCAUUCCAUCAACGAGAAUGGCUACAAGUUUCUGUACUGUUCGGCCCGUGCCAUUGGCAUGGCUGACAUGACCCGGGGCUACCUGCACUGGGUCAAUGACAAGGGCACGAUCUUGCCCCGGGGCCCUCUGAUGCUGUCUCCCAGCAGCUUGUUCUCCGCGUUCCACAGGGAAGUGAUAGAAAAGAAACCAGAGAAGUUCAAGAUUGAGUGUCUAAAUGAUAUCAAGAAUCUGUUUGCUCCGUCCAAGCAGCCCUUCUAUGCUGCCUUUGGAAACCGUCCAAAUGAUGUCUAUGCUUACACACAAGUUGGAGUUCCAGACUGUAGAAUAUUCACUGUGAACCCCAAGGGUGAAUUGAUACAAGAAAGGACCAAAGGAAACAAGUCAUCGUACCACAGGCUGAGCGAGCUUGUGGAGCACGUGUUCCCACUUCUCAGUAAGGAACAGAAUUCUGCCUUUCCCUGCCCAGAGUUCAGCUCCUUCUGCUACUGGCGAGACCCGAUCCCUGACGUGGACCUGGACGACUUGGCCUGAGGUGGCAUCUCCAUGGGGCGGCAGGACUCGGUCUUCUCACAGCAGGGGAAGGUGACUGGUCCUUCUGCCAACCUUGGACACUAGCUUUCCCGAGCAAGGCCAGGGGCUCCUGGAGCUGGCACUGCCAUCCUCCUUCGCCUUCCCAGGCUGGCUGCUCAGGCUCUGCGGGUCUGCAACUCAGCGCCCGGAGGGGGAAGGGACGGGCUUGGCCUGGGCCGAAGGCCGUGCUCUCCCCCUUGUGGGCUGCACACAUGCUUCCUGUCAAGUUGUGUGCUGGGUGCUCCUUCCAUCGCAUAAUUUAAAAGGAAGAAAAAAAAGCUUAAAAAGAGUGGACCAAAACAUUACACAAAGUAAAGUGUUAUAAUUUCCACUGGGCAGUUGGGAUGGUUUCUCUGUGGAACCAGAGCUUUUUUCAGUGGGUCAGGGUCCUCUGAACUGUGGCAGGUCCAGUUAGUGAUAUUGGCCUAAACUACCUGUGCACGUUUCGCCUUUGGGCACCUUGUUUCCUGCUAUACUGAAUGGGACAGCUGCUCCAGUGAGCCAAGUUGGGCGGGACGCCCCCAGGAUCCAUGCAUCAGAGCCUCUGAGCCUGGCCCCGCAGACUUGGGCUUCUAGAGGAGAAAAUCCCCUUAGAUCAUCUCCUCAUCUAUGACUAAUACACGAUGAGAGACCUUUAAGUUAUUUCUUAGAUCUCACCGAAGAAGAGAUCCUGCAGGUAUUUGAUGUCUGUAAUAAAAGUACUAAUGGUGAGAAGUUGGGUUUUAAAACAAACAAAAACAUCCCAACAACUGUGUUUUCACAGAGGCCCCAGAAAUGCAGAUAUACACUUGCACUGGGUCCUGGGAAGAGGACCAUUCCCUCUGCCAGUUGCCUGGCUUAGGUGGACCUUUUGGUGUCUUUCUUUGGGACAGGAUUUCUAAAAUUCUGUGGUCCAGAUUUGCCAGGGAAAUGCAGUGAGGUGAAGCUUGCUUGAAGGCCACUGGUCAGCAGCAUUUAGCUUUGGCAUUGGAAUCACCACCCUGUAAUAAAGCCCAUGGACACCAUGCAAGAGAGGGGAGGGGUCUUAGAGCUCCUGUUGAGCAUACCACCCCUCUGCAGUGUCCCCAGCCCACGUUCUGACCCCUUCAGCUGUGGAUUCCUGUGGUCAGCGGUGCAGAGGCUGCCCUGUUGGACCCAUGAGGGUGUGGGGUGCCCAUAUGUUUUCAUUGAAACAUACAUGGCAGCUCCAUUUAUUGACCUGGUUGUAAUGAGCUCAUGUCAAAUGUCCACACUAGACGGUACCAGGGAAGGGUUGUGUGCUGUCUGCCCCUCCAGGGCUUGUGAUUUGCUCGGUGUUGGUGGCCACUGCAAUACUGACACCAGAACUACCAGAGAGGAGAAUUUUAGGGGACCAGAAACGACCCCCAGUCAUAGUCCUCCAUCGUUGAGAACACAGGAGAUGGAGGUUCCUGAGCAGAGUGCUAUUGGGAAAGUUUCAUUUGCAACUCUGUGUGUCCCUGCAGUGAUAUUUGGGAGGCCUCUUGUUUUAGUUUGCUUUUACCCAAAAUAAUACUGCUCUAGAGAUACGGAAUAGGGGUGGUUAUUUUUCCAGAUUGGAGAGUUGAAAGUCCAUGACUGAUUGCAGCCAUUUUUUCCUAGUGCUGUUGGGAUGCAGAGACAAUGUUUAAAUCCCGUGAGCACAAUUCCCAGUGGCAAAACCCAGGAGGCGCAUGUUCCCAGAGAAGGGACAACACAAGCUUUCUGUGGUGCGAACCUCGCCCCCUUAAAUAGUUCACAGAACUGUUGUUUAAUAAGUUUAUUUAUAUAUAGUAGAUUAGGGAUCCUAGGUUAUGUUUGUAUGAAGUUCUGCCCAGUUAGUGAGUUAAAAUUCUAGUAGAGCAGCCAUGUAGCCACUUUAUUUCAUAGAUGCCAUCACCAUGUCCUCUCGACUGCCUCCUAUUCAGAGGAGGAACGAGAGCUUUAUGUGCUUAACCUGAGCCUAGUAGGACUUCUUUGCAUAUGUGUGGUACCGAAAUCAUAAUAUACAUCUUCUUUAGUUCUUUUUAGGUUGUCCUUUAAAGAGUUUUUGACUAGGUAGUUUGUUUCUUUUUCUUGAUAAGCUUUUCUCUUUGGACACAUGGCCUUGUUAGAAGGUGCAGUCUAGGACCUGCAUCUCCUGGCCCUGUGUUGAGAGUGGCUGGUCCCUCUGCCCUGGUGUCCAUUAGCACUAGACUUUGUUGCUGCAGAUUGAUCCAGUGGGUACAUAGGCUAAUUAAUGUGAGUCUUUUUCCUUGUUUAAAGGAGUCCUCCUUGCUGAAAGUAGAUGAUUACUUUUGCUGUAAUGUUAAUGAAAGUUUUAAGUUUGUGCUGAAAAUCCAUUGCCAUUUGGUACAAAUGACAUUUGUUCUUUCUGUGAAAGAGAGAUGCCCUCGAGUGUGUUUGUACACAAAUCCUUAGGAUGGUGAAUUGAAGCAUCACCCUCACUCUGUCUUCAGUGCUGGGUGAUGUCGCAGGGAGAUUGUAGGCAGAUUGGGCUCUACAUCAUUCUUUUGGUUGCUCCGUUGGUGAAAUGGUCCCUUUCCUUCUUUGCAGUGUGGUCUAACUCUAGUAUUUGCUUUGGUGUCCAAGUGUUGAAGCUUGUCCUGCAACAUCUGCCUCUUGUCGGGCUGUGCGAGGCGCACAUGUGGGCCUGGAGCAUGCAGGCAGCCUCCACGUUUGAGUACUGUGUUUCGCUGUGUUUCAAAACAUCUGCAUGGUUUUCAACUGGAAAAAGAAAAAGCUUACGUGUGUGAUGUUCUAAAAUGAAAGCUGCUAAAAAUCCCAGGGAGAACAGCUGAGGAACAGAGCUGGCGGGAUGACUGGGAGGUGCUCUGCCCCAGCACGGCCUGCCCACUGUCGGGCCGCACGCAGCCCUGCGGGUUUGCUCAUGAGCGUUCAGGCAUGAGCUUUGAUGGGAUAAACAGAAAGAAGUCAGCUCUUUUACUUUUUGCAAGUUGGUGAAAACAAACUCUUCCAGGGAAUUUUAUCUUUUUUAGUAUCAUCCUAUGUACUCUGGGAAGCUUUGUUUUCCCAAUUUUUGGAGCUUGUUGGGUUUAACAAAACUGGUUAAAAAUUGAUUUUCCUUAAAAGUGCUCUUUCCAGGUGAAAACUACUUUUUGGGUUUUGUUUGAAGGUAAGGAAUGGAGGGGAACCUUUGCUCUUUUAAUUUAAUAAUUAUGUCCAGCCUAUGAUGAGAGAAGUAUUUUAUUAGACAACAAUGUCACUAAUACGUUUUAAGUUGUCAGAAAUUAAUUGUAAACAUCAGUACAGUCUCUUAGUUAUGGUGAAGACAAUUGUCUUAAGAUGAAUGGCUCAUAUUUUGGUGCAGUGUUUGAUGUUCAAAACAAAAUGUUACAAAAAUAAACAUAAACUGAAUGCA